AGAUCUACAGGAAUGGAGUGCUUGAUCAUGGUAUUGAUGGCAUGGAAAUGCAGGCAGAUUCAUCCUGGCGUUGGACGAAAUAUAUUCAAUGUGCGAGGAAUACAGCUGAGCAAAAUACAGUGGCAUUUCAGUUUGGAGCUGAUAUCUACUUUCAAACGUAUAAAACCAUCAAACCAGGCGAGGAAAUAUUGGUUUGGUAUGCCGAAUACUACGAACAACAUCAUGGAAUUCCUGUUGGGGUGCGUAAGAUAAACAAGACCAAGGAAAUGUCAGAAACAGGUAAAUCACUAUAUUCUACCUAUAUAAAAUAUAACAAUAUUAAAAUAUUGUUUCAAUAUCAUGUAACCAAUUUCAAGGCAAUAUAAUGUAACAUAUAACAUUAAUUAAUAUUUACAGUAUAAGUUUCAAGUGGCUUAAUACUUCCGGAAAGUACGCCAUCUUUGCCAUAGAGCCUCGUUUUCGCAACAAUUGAAAUGAGGGGAGCGGGGUUUUUCGCAAAUAUUUUGUGGCCGAUGCAGGAGCAGCUUCGAAAAAUUUGACAACCAUGGACUCCCUGGCAGGAACAAGUAAAAUCAAUAGACAAUUCCCAUUAUAGACUAAUUUUAAAAUUAGGCAAGGAAACUCAAAUAAAUUACCACAGCUAGAAAGAGCAUACUAAAAUUAGUAAAAUUACAAAGUUUGGUUGCGAAAUGUUGUAAAAUGAGGAAAAUAUAACCUUGCAAAGUUCGCAAAUUUUGUAUACUUUUGUAUUGCUUGUGGAAAUUCCUACCACAUCCUACCACAUUUAGACCGAAAAUGUCGCACGCAAUACAAAAGUAUACAAAAUUUGCAAACUUUGCAAGGCUAUAUUUUCCACAUUUUACAACAUUUCGCUACCAAAUUUUGUAAUUUUACUAAUUUUAGUAUGCUCUUUCUAGCUGUGGUGAUUUAUUUGCAUCUCCUUGCCUAGUUUUAAAAUUAAUCUAUAAUGGGAAUUGUCUAUUCAUACUAGAAUAUACAGCCUAAAAUCUCUAAUCAUUCUCUUAAUAAUUGUGAAGUCUUGAACUUCAUCUCAUAUAUUCAUCUAAACAUUGUGUUAUAGCAACCACGACCAAAGAAAUCUUAGAAAGAGCGCAACGCAGUAUCAGUGACAUAACUCCAACUGUAAAUUGUGUGGAAAAUCCACGACCAAUAAAACCGCUAGCCCGUUUCCCAACGGCAAUGUCCCAACCUCCUUCGCUCAGGUCAAAUCAUGUCGGAAGACCAGAACUCCCCCCACAUAUCUCAACUCAAGGAGGUGUACCCAGCAGCCCUUCCACAGAAUUUCAAUCGUCGUCUUCUAGCAAACCUGAAAACUUACGUAUUUCAUUCCGAGUUCCCAAAGAAAAGCGAAGCACCAUUUCUGAAGCGGUUAAUGUUGGAACAACCGUAACAUCGCCAGAGAAAGUGGCUCGGAGAAGAGAUCUCCGUCUUGGUUUACAUGCUUUCAAAACUCGUUUCUGGAAAUGCGAACACUGCCUAUCAAGGUUCCCUCAGAAGUGGGCGUUGCAGGUUCACAGUUGCUCGUGCGUGGUUACCAAGCCAUACUUGUGCAGUAAUUGUGGGAAGGCUUACGUCAGCAAGGACGACGUGCAAGCGCAUGCGUCAGAAUGUGGUGGCGGCAGACAAUACAAAUGUGGUUACUGCGGGCGCAGUUUUCUGAACGUGAACACCUUAAAUAAGCAUCUUAAAGUGCAUUCAAGGAAAAGUGUGGUCGGUGCUUUCAAGAGAAAAACAAUGGUACCUAUUUACCAAAGGCAUGUGCAAUAAAUAUGGCACAUGCAUAUAAUCCCAUAUACCUGUUUUUAGCUUAUCAUCUGAUUGCCACAGAAGCUAGUAUGCAGACUUUCGAAAAAGUCCAUUCACGAAAAAUUGUGGCUACUACAUUGAAGAAAAAAACCCGAUAGUGCUUAUUUAUCAAAGACUACCACAAAUUGAUAUCUAAAAAAUAAUCUUACCAAAAUACAUUCACGUAAAAGUACGGCUGGUGCUAUCAAAAGAAAAAUAAUUGUACGUUUUUUUAUCAAAGGUUUUUGCAAUGGACAUGGUUGUUGGUACAUAUAGGUCAUAUACUUGUUUUUCUGCUGGCUUUUUUAGCUAAUGUAAUUGGCAGAGACUGAGGAUUGUAGUUAGCACUAAGCUUAUAGAACUGACCAAAAGGACAUCUAUAUAACAAAGCUGUGAAAAUUAUAGUUUUCGACCAUGAAAACAUGGCAGGCUACACAGUAACUGGUUAAGCUACAUGUUGCAUGAAAUUUAAGGCAUAAAAGUUUAAAAAGCCGAAGCCCCGGUCAAACAAGGAUGAAAGUUGAUGAGAGUUGACAGCCACGCAUUGUUACAGGGGACAUUUCAAGCUCUAGAUUAACAAAGGUUUGCUGAGUGCUCCAAAUGUGUUUUAACUUAAAUAAAAUACAUGAUAGUGUUGGGAAAGCAUUAAGAACAGCUAACCAAGAUCGCAUGACUGCCAACUCUCAUCCUCAUUUGACCUGGGCUUAAGAUUAUAAGCGACAAUGUUGGUCAUACGGUGGCAACCUAAACCCCCCUAGCUAAAGAUUCUUGUAAUUGUAAAUAAGUUAUGCGCGUGCCUUGACUUUGCUUCUGUA